AUGAAUAAUGAGCCUCCAACUAUAUGUUAUAAAUGUAACAGAUAUCAUCUUGGGUUCUGCCUUGACACCAUGACUUCCUGCACCCUGAAGUACCAAGAGUCCUGUGCUACUGAGAACAUUUACAUUCUUACAACAAGAGGGCGGAGUAUGUACUUUUAUUCAAAACUGUCAUGUAUGGCCAACUGUGGGGACAUCAACAUCUUGGGUUCUGAAACAAAGAAAGAGCUAAUCUGUUGCAAGCAUAGUAAUUAUUGCAACCUCCCUGAGGGAAUCUAG